AUGACUCCAUCCAGUUCUCUUGUGAGAGGGAAUGUGUAUGUCAGGGAGGAUGACAAGAAGGCCUUAGUCAAGAUGCUGAAGGACAACAGUGAGCAUCACCUGUCUGUGAUGGCUAUUGUUGGCAUAGGUGGGGUUGGUAAAACAACUUUAGCCCAAUGGCUGUACAACAAUCAGGAGGAGUUCAUGAAGGGAUUUGAUCUGAAAGCAUGGGUUUGCAUUUCGGAGAAGUUUGAAGUUGUUGAGACAACAAGGAAUGUCAUAAAGCAGAUCCAUGGAAGUACUUGUAGUCUGGAUGAUUUCGAUUUACUUCAAAAUGCUUUGAAAAAAGAAUUGUCCAAUAAGAAGUUCUUUAUUGUUCUGGAUGAUGUUUGGAGUGAUGAUGGUGACAAAUGGAGUAAUUUUAUGACCCCUUUCCAACAAAAUGGAAAUAAGAGAAGUAUUAUUUUUCUGACUACUCGAGAGGAAAAUGUUGCUUUUGCAGUUCAAAAUUGUCGCCCUUAUUUUCUCAGGAAGUUGUCUGAGGACUAUUGUUGGUCAGUGUUUGCAAAAAAUGCAUCUUUUCCAGAAUCAAAUGGGAGAGCAGCACUUGAAGAAAUAGGCAGAAAGAUUGUCAAGAAGUGUGAUGGAUUGCUAUUAGCUGCAGAAACACUUGGCCGCUUGUUACUUACUAAGCAUGAUGUUGAGGAAUGGAACAAGAUACUAAUGAGUCAUAUUUGGGAAUUUCCGGUGAAUAAGAGUAAGAUUAUUCCAGCAUUACCGAUAAGUUACUUCCAUCUUUCUCCACAUUUAAAGCGUUGUUUUGUUUAUUGUGCUUUAUUUUCCAAGGAUUAUCCAUUUAAAAAAGAUGAAUUAAUCCUUUUGUGGAUGGCAGAAGAUCUUCUACCACCACCAAAAAGAGGAAAGAGUUUGGAAGAAGUUGGUUGUGAGUGUUUUGAUAAACUAACUUCCAGAUUAUUUUUCACGAAGACAAAAGGCUUUGAUCAUUUUUUUGGGAUGCAUGAUCUGUUGCAUGACUUAGCAAUAUUCCUUGCUGGAAAUUUCUAUUGCAACUCAGAAGAACUUGGUAAAGAAGAGGAGAUAAAGAUUCAGACUCGGCAUUUUUGUGUAGAUUUACGUCAUUGUAGCUCAAAACUUUAUAAUUCUAUUUCUAAAGUAGAAUCUUUGAGAACAUUAUUAUUGUUUGCCAAUUUCUCAUCUCCCAAUUGCAACAUUGAAGCGGCAACAUGUGAGAUAUUAUCAAAGUGUAAAUACUUGAAAGUUUUAUCCUCUGAUAAACUUGAUGUGUUGCCUAAUUCAACAGGAGAAUUGAUCCAUCUCCGCCACUUGGAUCUCUCUUAUACUCGUAUAAAGACAUUGCCUGAUUCUUUCUGCAGCUUGUGUAAUUUGCAAACAUUGAAGUUGCGUCGUUGUUUUGAGCUUACUACGCUGCCUAGUGGUUUGCAUAAUCUUGUGAAUCUGCCGCAUCUUGAUAUCAGAGGAACUUCUUUGGAAGAAAUGCCCGGAAAAAUGAGCAAAUUGAAUCAGUUGCACGUUUUAGGUUCCUUUAUCGUUGGCAAGCACGAAGACAAUGGAAUCCAGGAGUUAGCAGGGCUGGUAAAUUUUCACGGAUCCGUUGAGAUUAAGGGUGUGUUUGGCAAACCAGUUUGA